AUGUCAAACAUAGAAGACGAUUCCUCCAUUUCUGUGGACUCCAUUGUAGACCGUUUGCUCGAAGUUCGUGGCUCAAGGCCAGGAAAACAAGUGGCAUUAAGUGAAAACGAAAUCAGAUAUUUAUGUACCAAAGCAAGAGAAAUCUUUAUCCAACAACCUAUAUUGCUUGAGCUUGAGGCUCCUAUAAAGAUUUGUGGGGAUAUCCACGGGCAAUAUUACGAUCUUCUUCGUUUGUUUGAAUACGGUGGCUUCCCACCAGAGGCAAAUUAUCUUUUCCUUGGUGACUAUGUCGAUAGAGGUAAACAAUCCUUGGAAACAAUUUGUUUGUUGUUGGCCUAUAAGAUCAAAUAUCCAGAAAAUUUCUUCAUUUUAAGAGGUAAUCACGAAUGUGCAUCCAUUAAUCGUAUUUACGGUUUCUACGACGAAUGUAAAAGAAGAUACAAUAUUAAAUUGUGGAAAACUUUUACUGAUUGUUUCAACUGUUUACCAAUUGCAGCUAUUAUCGAUGAAAAAAUCUUUACUAUGCAUGGUGGUUUGUCACCUGACUUGAACUCUAUGGAACAAAUCAGAAGAGUUAUGAGACCAACCGAUAUUCCAGAUGUUGGUUUGUUGUGUGAUUUAUUGUGGUCAGAUCCAGAUAAGGAUAUCACUGGAUGGUCAGAAAACGAUAGAGGUGUGUCCUUUACUUUUGGUCCAGAUGUUGUUUCUAGAUUUUUACAAAAACACGAUAUGGAUUUGAUUUGUCGUGCCCAUCAAGUUGUUGAAGAUGGUUACGAAUUUUUCAGCAAGCGUCAAUUGGUGACAUUAUUCUCUGCACCAAACUAUUGUGGUGAAUUUGACAAUGCUGGUGCCAUGAUGUCUGUUGAUGAAAGUUUAUUGUGUUCCUUCCAAAUUUUGAAACCUGCUGACAAGAAACCAAGAUAUGCCCCAGCAAAUGUGGCCAACAACCGUCCAGGUGCCAACCAAAGAAAACCAAAGAAGACUGUUAAAUAA